GGCGGGGGUGGUCUGAUGUGGAAGGCAUCACUUAUAUGACGCCGCCUUCAGCAGCGAAGCAACUAGAUACAAGUACAUUCUUCAGCUUCAACUAGAUACCUGGAAAUACCAACAAAUCAGAGACAAAAUGGAAAAUCAAGACAAGUUCGCCAUCCACGCAGCCGCUCGUGACGGGAAAGCGACCGUUGUAGAGUCUUUGCUGAAUGCCAAUCCCAAGCUCGCCAAGCUGAAAGACGACGAUGGCCGUCUUCCCAUCCACUGGGCGGCUUCGUACAACCACCACGAGAUUGUCAACCUCCUGGUUCAACAGAAAGGGUUUGAUGUCGACGUCAAAGAUGACAUGGGCUGGACUCCUCUCAUGAUCGCAGCCAGCGUCAAGGACUCGGACAGAGUGGUCGAUCUCCUCCUUGCCAGAGAUGCCGACGUGAAUGAGACAAUCCUCCACUUCAUAGCCUCCAAGUCCAACCUCGACCUCGCCCGCAAGCUCCUCGAAGAGCACAAACCUCCCGCUUCCGUCCGCGUCCGCGACAAGCGAGGCCAGUACCCCCUCCACCGCGCCGCCGCCGUCGGUUCGGUCCCCUUGAUCAACCUGUUUCUCAAGCACAAAAGUCCCCUGAACGCCAGCGAUUCAGCUGGACAAACGGCGUUGCAUCAUGCUAUUGCCGAGGGGCAUGGUGAUGCGGCUGUGGUGUUGAUGAAAGCUGGGGCUGAGAUGGACAGGAAGGAUAAUGAUGGGUUUCUGCCUUUGGAGGUGGCGCCUGGGAUUGAUGUCAAGAAGUAUAUUCAGCGAAAGGCGGAGGAGGAGGGGAUUGAUCUUCCAUAGGUUGUGUCACAGUACCUAGACAAAACUGUAUCAAGGGUGGAAGCAUAGAUAUCAAAACAUCGGCUGUGGUCUAUAAAGUUUCUGUCCAUAUGCAAA